UUAACUGCACUUAAGUAGUAAGCUGGAAGGAUCCCGGUAACCCACAUCUGCAAUUUUAUGCUGCCCACAGAACAGCAACAGAAAGUGCAGAUGUGGCCGAUCAAGGAAUUGACUAUCUGCAUGUUGGUUUUGUGCAUGGAGUUUACUUUUUCGUCUUAUGUACUUCUUGGUUCUGAUGUCACACUGAAAUGCUCAUGCCUAAACGAAACAGGAUCACAGUGUUCUGUUUCAUACUCCAUGAAAAACAGCAAUGCUAAAGAAUUCCGCUAUGAAGAUUCACUACUUCUAUUAAUUUCAAAUUUCUGUGAAAAAAAUCAAGGCAAAUAUUAUUGCAUUAAACAAGGCCUAUAUAACGGUAACUCUACAACAUUUGAGUUAAAAGAUGGGAAUACAAAGGAUGAAUUUACAAUAUACCGAGCCAAUGGCGAUAAUGUUGUGUUACUCUGCAAUGUGCCAAAAAAAGUCACACAUAUUAGCUGGCACUGGACAUCACAUGAUGCAGUAACCAAAGACACUAUACAUGUGAAUUUUAACAAUCAAAGUACAAGCAGUGGAAAAUUUCACAACCACAUGAACUGUUCAUAUGGAGUCAAAUUACCUGUGAGUUUAAAUACUUCUGGCCAAUACAAAUGCAUUCUUCCAGAUAACAGAAUUGGGAUUACAAUAAAUCUGGUAACAGUUGAAGCUUUUGAGCCCUCUACUGACCUCUUUGGCUACUCUUUGAUAUUACAGUACAAAAGUUCUGUCCAUGUGGUAGUUCGUGAUAGUGGCACUAAUAUGAUAAAAGGUGUAGAAGAUGCUGGUCUUCAGACUCUUUCCUGUGUGGCACAUACACUGCAGCUGGCUGUCUCAGAGGGGCUUUUAUGA